UGUAAAGUGUCUUUCGAUUCUAAGCACUUCGCUAAAGUGGGAGUACACUCCGAAUGGUUUCUUUACGGAUGUUUGUAGAAUACAAAGAUAAAUAUAUGGUAUAUUGAAGAAUUAAUACGAGGAGGAGAACCACGAGUUUUAUGCUAUAAUAGGAGGAUAAGAAGAUUUUCUUUAACGGCGUAAAAAGCAUGGCAAGAAUGAAGGUGUUGGCACUCACAGCGAUUUCACUUUUGAUCACGUUUAAUAGCACUCAUGCAAUUUCCACAACCAUAAAGUUAUCAACUACUGCAUCGACACCCACAGAUACAACAACAACCACAGGGUCGCCAACUACUACACCAACGACUACUUUAUCAUCAACUACUGCAAGAACAACUGCAAACACAACUGCUACAACAGCGACUACUUCACCAUCAACUACUGCAACGACAACUGCUACAACAACGACUACUUCACCAUCAACUACUGCAACGACAACUGCUACAACAACGACUACUUCACCAUCAACUACUGCAACAACAACUGCAAACAAAACUGCUACAACAACGACUACUUCACCAUCAACUACUGCAACAACAACUGCAAACACAACUGCUACAACAACGACUACUUCACCAUCAACUACUGCAACAACAACUGCUAAAUCAACAACUGCCACAACAACAAUUACUGCAUCGACAACUGCAACCACAACUGCAGCGACAACGGCUAUUUCACCAACAACUACUGCAACGACAGCUGCCAAAACAACGACUACUUCAUCAUCAACUACUGCAUCGACAACAACUGCGGCAACAACAGCAUCAACGGCUAUAUCACUAUCUACUACAUCGUCGGCAGCAUCAACAACUACUGCAUUGGCGAAAUCGUCACCAGCUACUCCGUCAACGACACCAUCAACAUCGUUGGAAUCAACACCAAAACGUACGCAAACAACAGCUACAACAACAGUAACACACCCAGUCGUAGGAACGACUACAACUCCACAUAUAUUGAGUGGAAAAGAUGGUGAGCAUUCAAUCACCACCGAAGUUAUCGUCCUUAUCGUUCUCUUAUGUGUGUUGUUUUUCGCCAUUGAUAUCGUGUUGGGAUGGAUCCUUUUCAAAAUAAUCCGGAAACAAAGGAGAAGAGGAAGCAUGGACUUGGAAAAUAUACCAGAUGCCAAGAAAGAUGCCGCUGCAAAUCUAAUGGAAAUGAAGGUAAUAAAUGAGGAAGAGGCAGAAGCAGAAGCCGAGGGAGAAAAGAAAGAGAACGUGAACGAAGAUGAACUUGUUGCUGUUGUAGUGGUCGGAACUGAUGACGAGAAAAAGAAAGAAGACGAAGACGAAAAAGAGGAAGGAAAGCCAAAGGAUGAAGCCAAAGUUGACAUUGAAAAUGUACAGCUCGGAGCAGACGUUAAAGUUGAUGUUCAUGAAGAAAAUCUGGAAGAAAAAGAAAAGGAUGAAACUGCAAAGGGGGAAACUGCAAAGGAGGAAACUGUAAAGGAAGGAAAAGAAGAGGAGCAUCCGAAAGAAAAAGAAUCCAAAGAAAAAGAAGAAAUCAAGCCGUCGCUUGAAAUGACAGGAUUAGUAACAGCUACACCAGGAGAAAACAAAGUUGAAGAAACUAAAGCUGAGCAUUUGAACGAAAAAUCUGGUAAAGAGGAUACUAGUGACGAAGUAAGAGACAAAAAAGACGAAUCUGAUGAACCAGUCUCUGCAGAUAAACAGGAACAGACAAAUGAAGAAGAAAAGGACAAACAACAAAAAGAAGAUUCUGCUGAAGAUAAUCAAAAGGAGAAAGAUGAAGAAGAGGAUGGCAAGAAAAGUUCGGAAGAAGAGAAAGGUCAAAAAGAAGAUAUCAAGGCAGCUGUGGAUGGAUUUGAAGAUGGCCAAGAGAGAAAGGAUGACACAAGUUCAUCAAUGACAAUGGAUCCAUUGGCUUUCAUUACGUUAGCAGAGAUGGCACACAGUGAAGAGAAUAAGGAACAAGAAGCUGAUAAAGAACAAACAACAAAGGAAGAAGGUGGACAAGAAGUAGAGGGCACAGCGAAAGAAGAGGAGGCAAAAGUAAGCAAAGAAGCAGGCGAAGAUCAAGAAAAGGAAAGAGAAGAACCUAAAGUCGACAAAGAAAAAGAACAAGAGGAAAAAGAGGAUAAAGAGGAAAAGGAGAAAGAAGAGGAAGAUGAGGAGGAUGAAGAAGACAUAGAAGACAGGAUGAGAGAAGAGCAAGAAGGGAGAGAAAAUGAGCAAGAGAAAAAGGAAACAGGUGAAGAUCAAGAAGAAAAAGAAAGUGCAACCAAGGACAAACCGGAUGGAGAAAAGGAAAAGGAAGAAGAAGAGAAGUUGGGGCAAGCCGCGAUGCCUGUUGUCAUCCCAAAGCCCAUGAGCAAAGAAGAAAAGAAAGCAAAAGAAAAGGAAGAGAAAGAAAAGGCAAAACGAGAAAAGAAAGAAAGAGAAAAAGAAAGGAAGCAAAAAGAAAAAGAGCUAAAAGAAAAGCAAAAGCAAGAGAAGUUAGAGAAAAAGAGAAAGGAGAAGGAAGAGAAGGAAAAGAAGAAACGAGAAAAGGAUGCUUUGAAACGAAGUAAAAGGGAAAAGGUCGCCAUUGAGGUGCAGGUAGAGCCUUCUUUGUACUGCAAGCCAAAUGAAAAAGAGCAAGAACCACAAGAUGAGAGGGAAGAGGAAUCGAGAGAAAGUGCUGCUCUACAGGAAGACGAGAAAAACAAAGAUUCUGAUGCUGAAGAAACUGAAGACCAAGAGCAUGAAGAUAAAAACACGAAAGAGACACAAGACGAAGAAAAGGAAGAAGAAGGCAAGGACUCCCAAACUGAUGACUCAGGAGACAAUAAGCUAUCAGAAACUCUACAGAGUGAUCCCAAGGAAGAGAGUGUUGGUGGGUCAAGUGAGGUGACGUCUGAGGAUAAAGAAAAGGAAACAAAUGAUGAGGCACCUAAAGAGAAGGAAUCAGUCGAUAAUGAGACCAAAGAUAAAGACCCUACUGAAGAUGAACCUAAAGAAAGAGGUCCUACUGAUGAUGAAACUGAGGAGAAAGACCAUAAAGAUGAAGAACCAAAAGACCCUAUCGAAAACGAGACAAAAGAGGACGCUUCUACUACUGACGAGCAACAGAAAGACGAGGACCAUGCAGAUGACGAACCUAAAGACAAGUACCCUAACGAUGAUAAGCCUGAGGAAAAAGGCCCUAAUGAUAAAGAACUAAAAGACCCUAUAGAUAACGAGCCAAAAGAUGACGCUUCUACUGACGAGAAAAAGAAAGACGAGGACAAUGCAGAUGACGAACCUAAAGAAGAGUCCGGCCCUGAUAAUGAGCAUAAAGAUGACCUUGACAGCAAAGAACCAAAAGAUUCUACGGAUGAAGAACAUAGAGAUAAAGAUCAAGCAGAAGGGGAACUCAAGCAGAAGGACGAAGCCAACGAUGGACCUACAAAUAAGGACCCUGACGACCCUGAUGACCUUAAAGAGAAGGAGGGCCUCGAAGAAACGACGAAAAGUAAGGAUGAUCUCGAAGAAGAACAAGGUUCUGAAAACAAUACGAAGAUGGCCGGAAUCGUGGUAACGAACGUUUGACUAAAAUAGAAAUUAGGUAUUCAUAAUGUUUUGAAAUUAAGCUUCCAUAGAGUAGAUCAGUAAAAUAAACUACUGAAAAAAUAUUACCAAAACAUGUUCGGCUGCUUUCCUUUCCAUAUAGUGUCCAGUUUCGGCAUACGAGCUGGUCGAGCAAAAAAAGAAAACUGUUUAGAUGGCGCCGUAGCAGACAUAUUAGGGUGUUUAAGGUUUUCAAAAUCAACGACGCCGAUGUCAACCGGAAGUUUGAAUAACUCCGUUUUGGGGUUUCGCGCCUGGCAAAGCUGUAUUCCAUGUGGAUGAGUUGACUUCACUGACAAUGUUUUGAAUAAAAUCUUUAAUGAACAGAGCAUCAAACAAAAAAUACUUACACUUCCGGUUGACGUCGCCGUCAUAGAUUUUACAAAUCUUAGUCUCCAUCCAAGGUGUGGAAAGUAAGGUAGGGGAACGGACGGACGGGGUAACGGGUCAAGGUGGAGGAAGUAGAGAGGAAGAGGGAAGGUAAGGCGUUAGCUCUCCUCGUCUCCCCAGUUCCCCCAGUCCUAUUCAAAAUGAGCGAUGGUAUUGCAUUAUUAAUAAACCUGUAAAUAUUUUAGAUCUAUUGUUCGAGGCUUAUAUUCACAAAGCUUAAAAAGCGAUCAGCACUUAUAAAUUGUUAUAUAUGAUAUCUGCUAAAAACUACUUUAUAUAAAAAUUCUGCAAAGUAUGCGCAUACUAGUUAUCUAAUUAAACAGCAAUUGACUUUUUAUUACGAAAAAUAUAGUUUUAGAAUMAAAAAAAUCCGAUUUUGCUAAUCUCAGUCUAUUUAAUCACAGGUAGCCCAAGCUAGGUUCCCGUGGUCUCAUGUUAUAAACGUUUUAAUGAUUUUUAACGUUUUUCCCCUCAUCCAAAAUCUAAGUACACAGGGCGAAAGAGGUACUACUUUUCAAAGUUCAGCUAAGAUUUCUUUACUUUAUUCCACCUUUUGACGAUUUUAUUGACAUUUUUAAGUAUCGUCAUACAUUUUCUUAUCACAUGCCAACACAGUAACCUAGAUUGGGCUACCUGUGAUUAAAUGGCAAUUUAUGCUAUUUCGUGUAAUGUUAUAUUUUGCAAAAAUAUUUUUAAGAAAAAACACGUAAUUUGAUUGGUCAA